AUGCAAAUUAAAGAAAAUACUUUUAUUGUCACUGGAGGUGCUAGUGGUCUUGGUGAAGCAACUGUUCGUGAAUUGAUUAAGCGUGGAGCUAAUGUCGCUAUUUUUGACUUGAAUGACGAAAGAGCUGAGGAACUUGCUAAAGAAUUAGGAUCGACUGCAUUUGCUGCUGGAAAAGUGGAUGUGACUUCAGAAGAAGCUGUUCGUAAUGCUAUAGAAAGGACAAUCAAUACAUUUGGUCGUAUUGCAGGUGUAAUUAACUGUGGAGGUGUUGCUACUGCUGCCAAAACUGCUAGACGAGGAAAAUCAUCCCAUACGAUGACUUUGGAUCUUUUCGAAUUUACUGUCCGCGUCAAUUUGAUCGGCACAUUUAAUGUAUGUAAACAAGUGGCUCAAGUCAUGGCUAACCAAGAUCCAUAUACUAACGAUGGUGAACGUGGUGUGAUUAUCAAUACAGCCUCUGUAGCUUAUCAAGAUGGUCAAACCGGACAGGUCGCUUAUUCUGCAUCCAAGGGAGGUGUCGCUUCCAUGACAUUGCCCAUGAGCCGUGAUUUGGCACCUGCUGGUAUUCGCGUCAUGACAAUUGCUCCUGGUAUUUUUGAAACCAACAUGACAGCCAUGAUGAAUGAAGCUGCUAAAGCAAAAAUUAUCAGAGACGCCAUUUUCCCUGAACGUAUGGGUCGUCCUCAUGAGUUUGCCUUGCUCGCUUGUCACAUUAUCGAAAAUGGAUUCUUGAGUGGUGAAAUCAUUCGUAUCGAUGGUGCCAGUCGACUUGGAAAGUUAUAA